CUCAGGAUGCCAGAGCCAGCGAAGUCCACCUCUGCCCCCAAAAAGGGCUCCAAGAAAGCCGUGACGAAGACCCAGAAGAAGGGCGAUAAAAAGCGACACAAGAGCAGGAAAGAAAGCUACUCCAUCUAUGUCUACAAGGUGCUGAAGCAGGUCCACCCCGACACCGGCAUCUCCUCCAAGGCUAUGGGCAUCAUGAACUCCUUCGUCAACGACAUCUUCGAGCGCAUCGCUGGAGAAGCCUCCCGCCUGGCCCAUUACAACAAGCGCUCCACCAUCACCUCCCGGGAGAUUCAGACGGCCGUGCGCCUGCUGCUCCCGGGAGAGCUGGCCAAGCACGCUGUCUCAGAGGGCACCAAGGCCGUCACCAAGUACACAAGCUCCAAGUAG